CACAAUGCUCAGUCUUGAUUGCAACGCGCUGUGCUGUGUAUCGUAAAACAACUUCUUUCCUAGUGAGGCCUAGUGUUGUGACGGCGAAAGUGAGUGGCAUGAGCGGACUGUGAUAAAGUAUGGUGAACUACGUUAAUCCGCUCGCCAUGUAUCAAAGUAAGGGCGGCCAGUACGGUGGAGGAUGGUACGGCUGGCAAACCCAAAACUUUGAAGAACAGCAGUGGUGUGCCUGGAAUGGUGCGCCGGCAGGGGGCGAGUGGGCCCCGGAUCCUCAUCAUUUCCCUAAAAGAGAACCAGGGGAGAGAGACAUAGUGGAUAUUCCGUCGCCUGCUCGAGGAGAUCUGGUUAGCCCCAGUGAAAGCUCCCCCGGAUCUAGGCCAUCACAGCCUCCAGCACCGUCCCGGUCGCCUUAUGAGUGGAUGAAAAAACCUAAUUAUCAAACUCAACCAAAUCCAGUAGGUAAAACGCGCACGAAGGACAAAUACCGGGUGGUUUACAGCGACCACCAGAGACUGGAACUAGAGAAGGAGUUCCACUACAGCCGCUAUAUCACCAUCAGAAGGAAGGCUGAGCUCGCUGUUAACCUAGGCCUCUCUGAAAGACAGGUGAAAAUCUGGUUCCAAAAUCGGCGGGCCAAGGAACGAAAGCAGGUCAAAAAACGGGAGGAGGUCGUCAUGAAGGAGAAAGGUGACCACGCGUCAUUGCAGCACGCCCAGCUGCACCACGCCACCAUGCUGCACCACCAGCAGAUGAUGAACGGCAUGAUGCAUCAUCAUCACUACCACCAAGGAAUGCUACAAGGCGUGCCCGAGCCACUCGUGCCAGGAGUUCCACCUGUGCCACUCCUGUGACCGCAACAGCAGGACUACUGCAAUCACAGUGGCUUCGUUCAGUGACCGUCGGAAUUGAGACACUCCCAGUGACUUGGUUGGCUACGUGCACAUAAAAUUCGGCACGACCUUAUGAAUUUGUGAUAAAUUAGUGCAGUUUUCUGACGAUACAUAACGUUCGUGUCGAAGCGUUAUCGAUUGGGAAAUUGUUUAAUGUGAAAGAGGUAUCUAAAUAUUAUUUAGCUAUAAAUUACUGAUUAUUGUGCCGUGUGGUUCCCGGCACCAAUAGAAAAAAGAAUAGGACCACUCCAACUCUUUCCCAUGGAUGUCGUAAAAGGCGACUAAGGGAUAGGCUUUGAAAUUUGAGAUUCUUCUUUUAAGCGACGGAGUAGCAACCUGUCACUUUAUAUGAAUCUCAAUUCUAUUAGUAAGCCAAACAGCUGAACGUGGCCUAUCAGUAUUUUCAAGACUGUCUACCCCACAAGGGAUAUAGAUGUGAUUAUAUGUACGUACCUACAUAUAAUCACAUCUAUAUCCCUUGUAGGGCACAUAGUAUGUAUGUAUAAAUUUCUGAUGUUUACGAAUGUGCCGUGUGGUUCCCGACAUCAAUAGAAAACAAAACAACUUCAUCUUUUUCCCAUGGAUGUAGUAAAAUCCGCCCAAGGUAUUGGCUUAUAUACGUCUAUGGAAAUAAUGUUUGUAAAUAAUGACUUACUGAAACUACUUUUGGUCAUACGAUCUGUUUUAUAAUAAUAUCAUCAAACAAAAUUUUGUAAUAAAACAUAUUUUUUACCCACGUUAGAAUUUUUUUUAACAAAUUAUAUACAUACAUUAACAAAAUGAGCACAAUUACAAGAACUGUAAAUUAAUGAAAAUAAAAAUCACAAUAAAAUAUAGUUGAUGCAAUAAAAUAUUUUUGAGCAAUCAAUCUGUACUUAUGUUAAAUCCGUUCCGAGCAUAUCGUAGGCUAUCGCUGAGCCGUCGCUAAGUAAUAUUUAGAUGCGUGCUGUUCACAUUUAUCAAAUUUUUGUACCUACAUAUUUUGAGGAGCUUCGAUCAGAAGCCCCCCCUACUAUUAGUACGUCUCAACUUGGGGAGUACUAAUUUAUUAAUUAUAUUUUUUUGAAUGUAAUAUAGUUGAAUUUAUAUUUUUGUAUUAUGAUUUAAUUACUACUAUAAAACUGAAUUAUGUAUAUUCUUUAGGUGACUGAUCGUUUUUCUUUGUGCUGCAAAUGGUGUUAUGCUAACGAGACAUUACAUUAAUGAGUACUAAAGUAACUAUUACAAUAUUUGGUUGAAUUUUAUAAACGAUAUUUUUAAUAUCUUAAUAAAUUUUUGAUGUAAAAUUAAUAAAUCAAAUACAUAGGUAUUCCAAAUUAUUUAUAGAAAAUUGAAUAAGAAUCUCACUUAGGUACCUAUUUAUUAAUGUAAAUUUAAAAUACACAAAAUGAUUACUAAUUAAUAAAAACAUUUUGCAAAACACCAUUUGUGGUAUUGAGAAAUGAAGUACAUUUUUUUUGUAUUACCAAUAACACCUGAAUUGGUCGCAAAUGAACUUUGCAGUUGACCUUACAUAUUUAUAAAUUUAAUAAAUGAGAUUAUGUUUAAAUUUAACUGCUGUGUAUAUAGUAGCUUUAGUUAAUUAUAAAUAAAUUAGUUUAAAUUGUUAAAAUACCAUUUUUUGUAUUGUAAAACGACUACAUUCAAGUGAAUUAUUUAUUAUAAUAUUAUAUAUAUAUUCAAACUACAAGUCAAAUUUGAUAAUAUUGAAUGUGUUUGUAUGUGGAAAAAUAUUGCAUUCUGGACAAAAAUAUAUAGGAUUUUUUUGUUUGUAUACAGGUUCAAUAGUCAUGGUGCUAUUAGCGUUUCCCAGCCUUAGCUGUUAUCCUACCUCUAUAUUUAUUCGUAUGAUUGAGAAUACUGUAUUAUACUGUAAUUGUGCUUCUUGUGAUGAUGUUUGAAAAUUGCUUGUGGACACUGAAUUUGUUAGUAUGUACGCACUAUCACGCAACAUAUUUGAUGAACUAAAUAAAUUCAUGUUAAUUCAUGUUUAUCAAAAUUGA